UAAAUGGUGUCGUUAGGAAUAUACACAACUCAAUUAAUUAGCAAGCGCACAUAACUCUCAAGUCUUUAUAACUUCCGGUCAUCUGUCAAAUUUGAUGUCAAAAUGCCUCAUAUUCUUAUCAGCACUCAGAUUCGUCUGGAGAGUGGGCCAACGGUCGUUGGAGAUGAGUGGAGUGAUAAAUCGCUGAUGGAACAUCUUGGCGCAUCCUUGAUGAAAACACUUGGAAAUAAUUUUAUGGAGUACCGGACACCUGAUCCUCCGCGUGUGGUUUUGGAUAAGCUAGAGAAGUUAAACUACCAUGUUGUGGCAAUGACUGGUGUGGGUCAGACCUGUAUUUGGACACUCCAAAAACCUGAACUUCAGCUAAAUAUCUGAAGCCUACUAGGCUAAACAACAUAGAGACAAAUACAUAUUCAGCCAGAAAACUAUAACAGAAGACUGGCAGCAUUAUACUUUCAUGUUUUUAUGGGACCCGACAUAUUCAAGUGCAAGAUUUUGCCUGAUACAAACAAUGCAAAGCUGUAGAAGACACAGUAACUAUUUUUGUUUAGACAAGAAACAUGUUAAUGUCAAAAACCUAAAUAUAAUCAAGUGUGAAUACAUGUAUCAUUAAUUUCAUUGAUUGUGUAUAAUCUCUAUGUUGGAACAUAAUUUUGAGAUUAAGAAAAUUGGCCAUGUGUGUGGUUUAUUAUUUAUACAAGUGUUCAAGUAUUAUGGUAUGAUAUAUUCUUACUUCAUAGGCAGUGCAGCUUACACAGGCAGAAAUAACAGCUUUAAAUUAUUGUUAUGUCUAAACUGAUACACAAUGAUGCUAGAUGUAUCCAGAUAGUAUUUUGUAUUUCAUGAAUGUCAAACAAUUCUUCUAUGAUGACACACAAAUGAUCAUGCCCGUGACUUUUAUGAUGUGGUGUGCAGCAAGUAUGUAACUAUGGAAUCUGAAAUUAGAGUAGUUGGCCACCAAGAUUUCUGAAUGGUGGACGUUAUAUCUAGCUCAAAUUCUGUUGGUUGUUUAUGCAUGUAGAUGAAACUUAACAGGAAAUGAUUAACGGGUACAUUAAAGCCUUUGUAUACAGAAAAAAAAAGUUUACUGAAAUGGAUUCAAAUAGGGUUGCAAAGCCUUAUGAUUGGUUGAUAUAAUAUAUAUAAACUAUAAUUCAAAUUAUGACGGUCGCUUUUUGAUGAAUUUACAUGAAUUAAUGACAGUAUUAUAGUACAUGUACAACCUAAAUAUGAGUAAAUGUAGAUGUUCAGUCAAUCUUAUUGUGGUGUAAUGACAUCGUGGUGGAGGUGAUGUUUAUGUUGAAGACAUGGUGUACUGUAAGUAGGUGUGUGAGAGAGGUAAUGUGAUGAGAGUGACAAAUUAAGUUAUUUAUGUGUAGGUAUGUGAUAUUAGAUCUGAAAACAUAAUAUAUGUGUAUUUUUGUUAUUAUUUUUAAAUUCUGUGUAAAGGCAUUGCAUUGUGUAUGUGUACUAUUUUACAUGGUGUUUGUAAGAAAAAUCAUACACUAGAAAUAAAUUAGAACAUUUCAAAUCAAA